AAUCAUCCUUUGUGGUUUUCCGUUAGGCGCCAUUUUGAUUAAAGUAAUGUGAGGGUGGAUUGAGGGCAACGCUGUGUGAUCUUUUUCUCAAUUCACUUCAAUUCAUACCAGAGUCGACUAUCGUUUAACGGAAUACUAAGCCAUUUGAGUACACCGAAAAUGGCCACGGGCGCAAACGCAACUCCUUUAGGGAAGUUGCACCCCAGCAUCGGCGCUAAACGAGGAUUUGACGCCGGGCCUGGUGCGGGGAACGGCUUGAUGCCAGCACCCGGGCCGCCCGCAUCCUUUCCCUCUCUGCAAGCUUUCCAACCCCCAAUGCCAAGCCCAUCUUUCCCGCAACCUCUUCAGUUCAAUCCUGGGGCGGCUUUUCCGACCCAGGCUCCACAACAACCAGUCGUCGGGGGCGGACUGGCCAAACCAGAUUUCGGUCAGAAGAAAUCAAGGAAGAAGAGUCGUUGGAGCAGCGAGACGCCUGAUCAGAAGACGGUCAUACCGGGCAUGCCCACUGUUAUUCCCCCUGGAUUGACCCGUGAUCAAGAGAGAGCCUAUAUAGUCCAACUGCAGAUUGAAGACCAGACUCGUAAACUGCGUACAGGAGACCUGGGAAUCCCUGUUAACCCUGAGGACAGGUCUCCCUCCCCGGAGCCCAUCUACAACAGCGAGGGCAAGAGGCUGAACACCCGCGAGUAUCGCACGCGGAAGAAGAUCGAGGAGGAGCGCCACUCCCUCAUCACGGAGAUGGUUGGACUCAACCCUGACUUCAAGCCUCCUGCCGACUACAAACCUCCAGCCACCAGAGUCAACGACAAAGUUAUGAUCCCCCAAGACGAAUACCCUGAAAUCAACUUUGUUGGUCUGCUAAUCGGGCCACGUGGUAAUACGCUGAAGAACAUUGAGAAGGAGUGCUGCGCCAAGAUCAUGAUCCGGGGUAAAGGUUCCGUGAAGGAAGGGAAGGUUGGCCGAAAGGAUGGGCAGAUGCUGCCGGGGGAAGACGAGCCUCUGCACGCGCUAGUCACCGCCAACACAAUGGAGAAUGUCAAGAAAGCUGUGGAGCAGAUUCGCAACAUUCUGAAGCAAGGCAUCGAGACGCCCGAGGAUCAGAACGACCUACGAAAGAUGCAGUUGCGGGAGCUCGCCAGACUCAACGGCACACUGAGGGAAGAUGACAACAGGAUCCUUCGUCCUUGGCAGAACUCUGAGCCACGGAGCAUCACCAACACCACCCUCUGUACCAAGUGUGGCGGAGCGGGCCACAUCUCCUCCGACUGCAAGUACACCAGCUCAUUCGCUGCCCACAGAGCGACAGGCGGCGAGCCUCCUCAGUCCGCCCAGGACAAGGCUCGUAUGGACAAGGAGUACCUGUCCCUGAUGGCCGAGCUAGGGGAGGCUCCGGUCCCUACAUCUGGUGGAGGACACUCCGGCAACCAGGGAGGAGGGCAGCGGUCCUCAGGACUCAACAAUAACCAGCAAGCGAACCGGCCCCCUUGGAUGAACUCCGGUCCGACUGAGAGCAGGAACUACCAUAGCAUGCACGGGGGACAUGGUGGCCCUGGGGGACACCACAGCUAUCCUCCCCCCAUGCCCAGCAUGGGAGGCCCUCCUAUGCCCCCCAAUCCCAACGGCCUGCCUCCCCCCUGGAUGCAGCCUCCUCCUCCUCCCAUGGGCCAGGGACCAGGACCUCACGGACACCACAUGGGUCUGCUGCCACCUCCAAUGAGCAUGAUGCCACCUCCACCUCCUCCCCCCAGCAACCAGCCACCUCCUCCCCCGUCUGGACCCCUGCCACCAUGGCAACAGCAGGCUCCACCUCCCCCUCCCACCAGCAGCAUGGCAACCAGUACGCCGCUACCCUGGCAACAGAAUACCACCACCACGUCCAGCCCUGGCACCGGAACCCUGCCUCCAUGGCAGCAGCCCCAGCAGCCUGCGGCCUCCGGGGCCCAGCCCCCGCCACCCAUGGGCACCCCAUCCAUGGUGCCCUCCCCUGGCGUCCAGCCCCCGUUGCCCCCAGGGGCCCCUCCUCCUCCCCCUCCGCCGCCUCCAGGCUCUACUGGCAUGAUGUAUGCACCGCCGCCACCCCCACCACCCAUGGACCCUUCCAACUUUGUCACCAUGAUGGGGAUGGGGGUACCGGGCAUGCCCCCUUCGGCUGCCCCCUGCCCCCCACCCCCUCCACCCCAGAAUUAACCCUUCCACAGAAGAAUCGUCCUCCCCCAAGAGUUUCCACCCUGCAGCACAUUUGUGGAUGUGUGCUCACAGAAAAAGAUAUAA